GUGACCUGGGAUGACGCAACACUUUGGUGACUCCGAAGCUUGCGUACUGUGUAAGGUUAGUGGAAUGUGUCAUUUUCAGGUUAUCUUUGCCUUCUCACAAUUCAAAUUUUUCACACAACAAUUAGCGUGUUUAUAACCUAACAACUUGAAACUGGGGUGCCAGCUGGUGGCAGCAACCCUAGAAUAAUUGUUAUUGUUAUCAUGACCCUCGUUAACUCCAAUCAGUUUCAGUGACAACUGUUAACACCAAAUUUUACUGUCAAAAAUGAACAACUGCGCACUAACUCGCGACGACUGCGACCUCAUCGCCAAAAAACAUUUUCACAGCGAUGACGUAAUUACAACGAACUUCGCACUACGACCACUAGAAGACGAAAACUUCGAACUUAACAUCACCAUCUACCACGGAAAAACGGUCACAACUAUCCCAUUUUUUGUGAAAACGGGUCCAAACGAAGCGCCAACCUUGGAUACAAAUUUUUCCCCGAAACUAUACCUCAAAAAGCACAACUUAGCCGUCUAUGAAGACCUACGGCAAGAUUUUGAAACCCGUGGACGACUACUAAACACCGAAGAGCUACAAAUCGUUCUAAAAACAUUGGCGGCGUUCCAUGCAUCAAACUUCGUCUCUGAGCUAGAUCACUCGAAUUUUGAUCUAGAGUCACCCACGGUCACAAGUUUGUUGUCGUCGGUGCUAGAAAAUGACGACCAGGUGUCCAAAACUAUCCAAAAUCUGCGCCAAAAACAACUCGAGUCGAAAUUCAGACGAACUCUGUGUCACGGCAACUUGACUAAUCGAAACUUGAUGUUCAAAAACGACAAAGGGGCUCCGACUGAGUGUAGAUUGUUGAACUUCAAAGCUAAUUUCUGCGUACCUCCAAUCUACGACGUUCUUCAGUUGAUUUUCUUCAAUACGAGUGAAGAUUUGAGACGGUGUCACUUCCAGGCUUUGCUCAAUUGUUACUAUGAGUGUUUGAAAGAAGAAACGACGAAGGGUGACUUGGACGUCACUGUCGACGAUUUUCGAUUAAGUGCCCAUUAUUAUCUACCUGUGGUUAAAUUACAAGCUGCACUUCACCACCAAAACGAGACAAGUGUACAAGAAUUGAAAGAAAGUCUAGCUUGUCCACUAGUUUCCAGAGAAGAUUGUUACGUGAUUGUCAAAAAUAAAACCGGAACUACGAACUACAAGUUACUGUCUUAUAACGUGACACCGCUGAGUGAUGUUAGUGGAUUUUUGGGUCAAUACUAUAGACUAGAGAUCAAAAUUCGUCUUCAAUCCGAAGACACAACCAUUAAUUGCUUCAUUAAAGCGUUACCAAAAACAGCUACCCCUUUAAGCAUUGUCAACGAUCUUAACAGCUUCUCAAGAGAAAUUUUCAUGUAUGAAACUGUCGUCACACAAAUGAAGAACCACAAGAUUAACAUUAUUGACGAAUGUCUACCACCGUGUUACUUUGUCAGACCGAAAGAGUUCAUGAUCUUUGAAGAUAUGGCUUUCCUUGGAUAUAAAAAUCUAGAUGUUAUGGACCCUCUAGAUAUCACCAUGCUAACUUUGUUGAUGAAAACGCUAGCUAAAUUCCACGCUUGUUCUCUCACUCUUGAGGAAAAAGCAAAACCUUACUCUUUGUACAACUCCCACAAGGAAUAUUUCACCGAGCCUUUGUUUUUCGAAGAUGACAAACACAAAGGAGCCAAACUGACAACAGUCGGAGUCAAAGCAGUUUUAACCGCUGUCAAUUUGUUAAAAGAAAUCCAAACAGAAACGAACCAACGCAACUUUUAUGAAUUUUGGCCAAAAUUCAAAGAGUUGUACUACGAAUUGCCCAAACCGUCUGCCCGUUUUCAGAACGUGUUGUGUCAUGCAGAUCUGUGGACUAGUAAUUUCAUGGUAAAAUAUGACAACGAUAAAGCUGUCAAUUGUGUCUUCUUUGAUUUCCAAAUCGCCAGAUAUUGUCCUCCUGCUUAUGAUCUACUUUCGAUGCUUCAUUUAACGACAGAUCGCUCCACAAGACUGAAGUAUGAAAAUCAACUCAUUAAAGUCUACUAUGACGAAUUGGAUCGAAUUUUGAACUCGUAUGAAGUCAACAUUGGUCACUUUUAUUCGUUUGACGAUUUCGUGGAGUGCUUUAAUUCGCUUAGACCUCACAUGCUGAUGCAUGCAGCAUACGAAUGCACUAUGCUCACGUGCACACCCGAAGAAAUUUCUUCCUUUCUGAGCGAUGAAGAAGCAUGCAGCCAAGUCUUUUUUGAAGAUCGUACCGAGUUUAUGACGAUCAUGUGUCAAAAAUCUGACUUGUAUAGAAACAGACUGAAGGAAUGUAUCUUGGAUAUUUAUGAUUAUUGUGACUCCAUGUGUGGUAAAUAAAUCUGAUUUAUAUUUA